GCACAGGGCACCGCACGCCCCUGCUGGCUUCCUCUGCCUCUUCCUUUUCUUCUCACAGGACUCUCACAGCCUCUGUCUCUGCAUCUGUUUGUCGUGUGGCUUCUGAGUUUGCCUGGUGUCCUGGCUUCCUUAUCUCUCAUCCUCUGUCCGUCUCUCUGUUCCUACCUGUCUCUUUGGGUUUCCUCAUCUCCGACAGUCGACACUCUCCUUGUGUCUCUGUGUUUUUCUGACUCUUCCUGGCUUUGUCUAUAUCACUCGCUGCCAUCUGACAUGGUCUCUGUUACUGAUUCUCUCUGAAUCUUUCUGUUUUGCUCUCUGUUUCUUUGACUCUCCCUCCCUCUGUGUCCAUCUGUCUCUACAUCUCUCUGUCUGUCUCUCUCUGGCUCUCUCUUGUCUCUUUCUGUCUCCAUCUGUCCCUAUUUGUCUGUCUGUCUCUCUUUCUCUGUCUCUAUGCUUGUCUGUCUGUCUCUCUCUCCCUGAGUCUCUCUCUGUGUCUCUAACUCUUCCUGGCUCUGUCCUUCCUCACCUCUCUCUCUUUUUUUCUGUGACACUCUCCUGGAAAUGCAUCAAAGACUGAAGUGACCAGAUUUCAAGUGACAAACGGCACUACACCCAGAAUCCACCCUCCUCCCAGUGCGGCUGCCUUCCUCCUCCACAUCCCCUGUCACGAAGAGAAGCCUAUUGUGUCGGGCCCAGGGAGUUCGAGUUGAAGGGCCCGGGGGUCUGUGCCUCUGACUGCUCUGAGCUACUUCCCCAUUGGCUCUGAGCAGCCUGUGCUGAGCAAAGGCUGAGCGACAGGGGGAGGCUCUAGUCCAUAAAAGGGGGGCUGAGGCACCAGAACUGCCAUUCUAAGGGGCUUUGGCUGUGCUCACAGCUGCCUCUUUGGCACUUCCUUCCGAACCGGAGUCAGGACCAUCCCUGGGUCUUGGACCAGCCACCUGCAGCCACCACCCUCCGACCUGCUUGGCCAGAAGCUGCCCAGGGACAAAGAGGAUCACAGUCCCACCCCACCUUGCCUUUUGUUCUAUUUUUACAGGUCAUUUAUCUCCAGGCUUUUGAGAUCUGCGUGGGGGAGCUGUUGCAGCAGCCCAAGCCGGCAGGAAUAGACAAGACAGAAUGGCGUGGCAGGGGCUGGUGCUGGCUGCUUGUCUCCUAGUGCUCCCCUCUGCCACAGCAGACUGCCUGUCCCAGUGCUCCUUGUGUUCUGUGAAGACCCAGGAUGGGCCCAAACCCAUCAACCCCCUGAUUUGCUCCCUGGAAUGCCAGGCCACCCUGCCGCCCACUAAGGAGUGGGAGAGAUGCCAGGGCCUUCUGUCUUUUCUUACUCCCUUCACCGUCGGCCUCAAUGGCAAGGAAGACUUGGAGAUCAAGGCAGCUUUGGAAGAGCCCUACAGUGAGCUGGCAAAGCACCCGGGGCCCUUCUUGAAGGAGCUGGAGAAAAACAGAUUCCUUCCCAGCACCUCAGCAGAGGAGAAUGCUCUGAGCAGCAGCCUGGCAGAGAAGCUCAGGGGUCUCUCUGGCAGGCUGGGGGAGGAAGCAGAAUCUGAGCUGAUGGGGGACGCCCAGCCGAACCAUGGUGCCAUGGAGGCGGGAGCACUGGGUUCUGAUGAGGAGGACCCCAAGGAGCAGGUCAAACGCUACGGGGGCUUUUUGCGCAAAUACCCCAAAAGAAGCUCAGAGGUGGCUGGGGAGGGAGAUGGUGAUGGGGAUGGGGAUAAGGUGGGCCAUGAGGACUUGUACAAGCGCUACGGGGGAUUCUUGCGGCGCAUCCGUCCCAAGCUCAAGUGGGAUAACCAGAAGCGCUAUGGCGGUUUUCUCCGGCGCCAGUUCAAGGUGGUUACUAGGUCUCAGGAAGACCCCAAUGCCUAUUAUGAAGAGCUUUUUGAUGUGUAAACACCUUCCCUUCAUGGAGUUGAGUCAGGAGCUUCCCGUAAUGCCCUUCCAGAUUGAAGUGAACGCAUUCAUCUGCCCCUGUAGCCCCCAUCCGCACGCUCACUUCAGCAUUGCCUACAAGACAUCCUAACCUAGCCUCCCUCUCUUCUGCCUGGGUGCCGUGUUUGUAUGGGUCAGCGAGGGGAGAGGUUGGAGGUUCCCCUCUCCGAUAGGCUUAGUGCUUGGCUCUGACCCUACACCUCUAAAACUACCAUCAGCACCAGCUUUUGGUAUCAAUCCCAUUCAUGUGACUCCCCAAUUCCAGGAAUCCAGACUGACCUCUUGAUCCCUCUGGAUCUACAAUCAGGCAUUCUGAUCAAUGCCUCUCUCAGAAGAAAAAUGAGCAUUCCCCCUCCCAUGCAGAUAUAUUCCUUUAUAUAGUAUAUACAUGUAUCACCAAACAUACAGAAGGCAGAAAUUUAAAACAAGAGAGAGAAACAAAUAAAAGUCCUUAUAUUUUAUUCUCAAACCUCAAAAGAUCUCCCUACUAUGGAGACCGUGCUUUAGGUAAAAAGUUCAAACACUUCCUUUUAUUAGAGCAGGUAUUUCUACACUAGAGAGUUUGGUUUCCUAGUGGGUUAAAUGUCCAGUCAUUGUACUCUGAGUUCGCAGUGUUCAGAAACACACCUUUUGAAGAACCCAGUUCCUGGACUCCUGUCCAUGUUGGUACCCUGGACAGCGCCCAAAUUCUCACAAGAAAGGAAAGGAGUGAAAACCCCUUUCAGAAAUGGUUAAUGAAAGCAGCUUGCCUUCUGAAUGUUGACAUGAUCAAGGGGGGAGUGAGGCAAACCAAUUUGUUCUGUGCAAUGGCUCAAAAUGAGGACCGGUUCCCUCAGCCCUCAUUAAACUAAUUAAACUGAUUGGUAUCACACUCCAACCCCAGGAUGAACGGAUGCUGAGUCAGGUUGAUGAGGUUAAGCACAACCAUGUUCUUGGGCAGCUGAAUCUGCCACCAAGAGUCCAAGCCAUCUGGCCAAACAUAUGCAUUGGGCCUUGGGUAAGGGAAUCCAGAAGCAACGGCUAGAAGGAGGAAAAGGCCCUCUUUAGCUCCCGUGGUGAUCCUUUCCUCUUAAUGCCUCAAAAUAAAACUAGAAAGAGGAAUGAAAUGAUUAAGCGCUUGAGGCCAAAUGAGUUCCCUUGACUCAAAUAACCCAGGAGCAGAGGCAGGGACCUUAAUCUAAGUCCUCUCCUCUCUCUCUGUCUCUAUCUCUCUCUGUCUCUAUCUCUCUCUGCCUUUCUCUGUGUUUGUUUGUCUGUCUCUCAAAUCUCUUUCUCUCUUUUGAUUGUCCCCAGGCACUGUGGUUUGGUUUCUGGGUCCAAGAGGCCGGUCUGGAUGGGUAGGAAAUGAACCUGAGUUUGCUAUUUUGUGUAAGAUGCUACUGAGUGUGCAGCUUCAGGCACAGCCCUCAGGCCUCUCAUGAUGCUCUGAAAUGUAUAGAUUGUUUUAAAGUUACUUUGUGUGCUUUUCAACAUCCUAUUUUUUGCAGUUUCCUUGGAGUUUCCUUAGUCCUUAGCAGGCCUGUGCUAUUUCCAACUCCUCCAGUACAAUAAACAAAAGAAAGAUGCUGAU